AUGCCGGUAUCGCGCAGCGCAAGCGCAACGAAACAGCAAAGGUUAUCGACCUCACCGGCGACAGGCCGCUGUCAUGCGAUCUUCAUCAUUGUCCAGUGGCGGCAUGAUAUAAGAGAAGGGGACGACGAUGACAAUAGCAACAACAACAGUGGUAACAUCGGAAGGAAUAGCGACGACGACGACAAUAGUCUUAACGAACGACAACGAAAGCGAUGUAAUAGUGAAGAUAGAGCUGCGAUGACAGCUGUGAAUACCAUCAAAUAUUAUUAA